AUGACCCCUCGCAAGAAGGAUGUCUUAUCUGCUGUAACGGCGACUGCAGAUAAUGCAGACAAGCCGGCAAACGAAUUGCGCCAGAAGACUCAGUUGGAACGGGUUCCCCAGUCAGCGCGCUUUGUGUUGGUCGUCCUCAGUAGCCUGGCACUGAGUGCUGGAUUCUUCAGUUUCACAUCUGGAGCUACCCUUGGCGAACUGGGCGGCGUGAGCAGACAUCUCGAGGCAUGGUGGGAAGUGGGGGGUUUGACGGCUUGGAAGGCUGUAGAGGUUGGGUUAGCCUGGAUCUUGGGCUUUGAUGGACGAGAUGUGUCAUCAUUCAUAUUUCUUACCCACCUCCCCACCUACGCACUCCUAGCAUCUUUCUACAACAUCCGCCCCACCACGGUUUUGAUCUCCUAUGCGAUCAUCUUAUUCUCGACCUCAGUCCCCUUUGUACUCCUGCGCAAACCGACUUGCGUGCACGACCUGUCGCAUGCUCCUUCUGACGCAGUCCGCAACCGCUCCAUCCUUCAGGAUCGCGCGACAACCAUUUACACCACUAUCGCCGCAACAUCAAUUCUGACUGUCGUUCUAUACCUAAGCUAUGCGACCUGGCUCCCAACACGACUUGUCCUCCACUUCGAAAACAUCCCCGACAUUAGCGCCGUUCACGCCGGUCCCGCGGGUCUGCCAACCCUCUUCCUCGCUCUCCUCCCAGCCGGCUGGGCGGCGAGAGAUCUCCUUUUCGUUAGUUCCACUGGCGCGGCCCCGCCUAAGAGGGUCGAAUCGAUCGAGAAGAAAUCCACAUCGCACGAGGGCGAGUACCUCGCCUGUGCAGUUUAUCGGAAGACCUGGGGAGCACUCUCGCCUAAGACGAGAGUUCUUAUCUCGCGAACAGUACUUCUCGCAGCCAUGCUGCUCAGUAACACCAUUGUCCAGUUGGCAGGAACCAUUGAAGGAAUUAAAAUCGAGGGUGCGUCAGCUUGGGGUUCAAUCUGGGCUGUCGCGAUUUUGGCUGUUGGAGCGACAUUUGGUUGGAUUGAGGCAGUUGAUGGGGUAUGA